GCACCGAGCCAGACAGCCAGACGGCACGUCAGACGGCACGGAGGGGCGCAAAGACGCCCAGGAGCAUCGGGGCAAGCCAGGCAAGCCGGGCACUGACAAGCCAGCUGCAGUGACGACAAGGCGACGGGGUGACAAGCAACAAACUACUACAAGCGACCAACGACCAGCUGCGAGCGACAAGCUACAAGCGACAAGCGACAAGCGACAGCCAGCGCGAGCGUCGCCACCGGUCGCCACCUCCACUGCAGUGUACGCGACAAGAUGCGAGUCCUGGCGGCGGUGAUGCUGGCCGUGGCGCUGGCCGUGGCGCGGCCGCGGCCGCGACGCCCGAGCAGGGCAAGUCCGCCGACCCCCUGGUCCAGCUGGAGAAGGGCGCCGUCAGGGGGACCGUCCUCCGGAGCAACGGCGGCAGGGACAUCCUGGCCUUCAUGGGCAUCCCGUUCGCGCGCCCGCCCGUCGGCAAGUACAGGUUUAAGGAGCCCAAGCCCACCAAGCCGUGGCAAGGCGUGUGGGACGCCACCAAGCUGCCCCCCAAGUGCAUCCAGUACGACCGGUACCCCGUGUCCGCUGUGCUCGGCGAGGAGGACUGCCUAUACCUCAACGUCUACACGCCCAAGCUGGCCGCGCCCGGCGCGCCGCUCCUGGACGUGCUGGUGUUCAUCCACGGCGGCGGCUUCAUGUACGGCGCCAGCGCGGACUGGGGCCCCGAGCUGAUCCUGGACCGCGACGUCGUCCUCGUCACCAUCAACUACCGCCUCGGCGUCAUGGGCUUCCUGAGCACGGAGGACGACGUGGUGCCCGGCAACAACGGCCUCAAGGACCAGAGCCUGGCGCUGCGCUGGCUGCAGGGCAACGUGGCGGCGUUCGGCGGCAACCCCAACAGCGUCACCCUGCUCGGGCUGUCGGCCGGCGGGGCCAGCGUGCACUACCACUACCUGUCGCCGCUGUCCCAAGGCGUGUUCCACCGCGGCUGGUCCAUGAGCGGCUCCGCGCUGUGCCCCUGGACGCAGCAGGAGGCGGCCCUGCAGAAGGCCCGCCGCAUCGCCGCGCUGGUGGGGUGCCCGUCGGACGACGCGGCCACGACCCGCGACCUGGUGGAGUGCCUGCGGUACCGGCCGGCGCGGGCCGUGGUGGCCGCCGUGCCCGGCCUGCAGGACGACCACGAGCUGCCCUUCUCGCCCUUCGCGCCCGUCGUGGAGCCCGCCGGCACGCUGGGCGCCUUCCUGGACAGCGCGCCCCUCGACGUCAUCCAGUCCGGCGCCGCGCACGACCUGCCCUGGAUGACGGGUGUCACCACCGAGGAGGGGCUGUACAACGCUGGGGAGUUCCUGGGCGAGGCGCACGCCGCCAAGCUGCAGCAGCUGGAGCGCGACUGGCUGCAGAGGGCGCCGCUCCUGCUGGACUACAACUACACCGCCCCCGCGGACGCGGCGCGGCGCGACGCUCUCAGCGUGGCCAUCCGGGAGCGCUACUUCGGCAGCCGGCCCUUCGCCGGCGCCACCAAGGAGUUCAUCGCGAUGAUCGGGGACCGCAUCUUCAACACGGGCGUGGAGCAGGCGGCCCGCGAGAUGGCCAAGGCCAACAGCGAGAGCGUGUUCCUCUACGAGUUCGGCUACCGCGGGGAGUACAGCCUGAGCGCCGCCAUCGCCAACGGUGACACCACCAACUGGGGCGUGAGCCACGGCGACGACACCGGGUACCUCCUCAAGUGGGACUUGAUGCCUACGGGGCGGACGCCCACUGAACAGAAGCUCAGCAAGCAGCUCAUCAGCUUCCUGACGACGUUCGCCAGGACGGGUGUCCCCGCGGGGCUGCCGGGCGCGCCGGGCUGGGUGUCAGUGGACCCCGCGGCCGCCGCGCUGCCCAUCAUCAGGAUCGACAGGAAGGCUGAGCUGAGCUUCGCCACCGUCCCCGAGUUGGGCAGCACGGCCUUCUGGACGUCGUUGCCGAUCGGCGAGAACCAGGCGGCGGCCGACCAGGGCGAGCGCGACGAGCUCUGAGCCCGUCUUGGCGUCGAGUGCGAACCACCAGAGCACGGAGAGCCUGCUGCAGCAAUGCGGACCUACUUGCUACUUAUUCAGAUGUGUAUUUCAAACAUAACAACAGAAAAACAACAACAACAAUAAAUUAUUUUGUAAAAAACUGAAA